AUCUUGAGCGCAUGACAUCUUACCUCGAGCACACAACAUCUUAUCUCGUGUGCACGACAUCAUAUCUCCUUUGAAUUACUAUCCCAUGAAAGGGUUAUAAGUGUAAACAAAACAAAAACAAAAAACGGUGGCAGUCAUAUCCUUUUACUGAUCUGAAUACACACAGUGGGCUUUAAUAUACAUAGAUAAGAUAUCGUGCGCACGAGAUAAGAUGUUGUGCGCUCAAGACAGGAUGUUGAGCACUGGAUAUAAGAUGUCUCACACACGAGAUAAUAUGUCAUGCACUUGAAAUAAGAUGUCGUGUGCUCGAGAUAAGAUGCUGAGCGCUCGAGAUAGAUGUUGAGCGCUCAAGAUAAGAUGUCAUGCGUACAAGAGGUUGACACAUUAUGGUGAAGUUAAAGGUUGGUAUAAUAGGAGGUUCUGGUCUCAGUAACCCAGAUAUACUGAAAGAUAAAACAGAUAAAGUUGUGGACACUCCAUUUGGGAAGCCAUCAGAUGCACUUGUUUUGGGAAAAAUUGGAGAUGUUGACUGUGUGUUGUUGUCAAGACACGCUCGAGGUCACACUAUUAUGCCUGGAAGAGUAAAUUACAGAGCGAACAUCUGGGCACUGAAGGAGGAAGGGUGUACACAUAUCCUGGUCACUACAGCUUGUGGUUCACUACAAGAAGGUAUCCAUCCCGGAGAUAUUGUUAUACUUGACCAAUUUAUUGACAGGACGCACCAUAGAGAGCAGACGUUCUAUGAUGGUACUGAAGGCGGGCCAUGUGGUAUAUGUCAUAUACCUCUUGCUGAGCCUUUCUGUCCAAUUACCAGUGAUUUUUUGUACAAAACUGCGCAGGAAUUAGAAUACAGUGUGCAUAAAGGUGGUACCAUGCUGACUAUAGAGGGACCAAGAUUUUCAUCAAAAGCAGAGAGUAAAAUGUGGAAUUUUUGGGGAGCUCACUGUAUCAACAUGACUACAGUACCAGAGGUUGUGUUAGCCAGAGAAUCAGGACUGUGUUAUGCUGCAAUGGGACUUGUUACAGACUACGAUAGUUGGAGAGAAGAUAAAGCCUCGGUAAAUGUAGAAAAUGUGAUGAAAACCUUUGGCGAAAACUCCAAAAGGGCAACAAAUGUAUUACUUAAUGUUAUUCCUAAAUUAAAAGAUUACGACUGGACAGCAAAGUUGAAGGAAAAUGCGGAUUUGGUGAAAGGAUCCGUGUUGCUGCCUCACAGCUAUUAGAUGUACAUCAUAUCAUGUGGCGGGACAUUGCCAAGACUUUUCGACAUCUCAACAUGGCCCGUCUACCUUUCCUUCAUCAUACAUGUACUUCACUUAAACAAGAUACUCUAACAGCUACUAGAGGGACAUCACAGUGCUUGGACAUUGUCGGGAAAUUUCAGCAUGUGCUGGGACAUCUCAACAUGUGCUGCCUAUCUUUCCUUCAUCAUACUUCAUGUAAACAAGAUGCUCCCACAGCUACUGGAUGGAUGUCAUAACAUGUGCAGUCUAUUUUUCCCUCAUUAUAGCUUAUACUCUCUUAGACUAAUAGUUAACAAGAUACUUCUUCGGUAAACAAGAUACACCCCAGUUAAAGGUACUAAUUCCCUCCAGUUACUAAAUGGAUACCGCAUUAUACACCAGUGAAACAUGCCUUCAUCAUACUUCAUAUUCUCUCAACUGGAGUGACUAGUCAAGAUGUGCUUAAUAUGUCAACAUUACUUUUUCAGGAUGGUUUAAGAUGGGGGGUCACUGUCCCCCAAAAAUUCUUCAGUUAUUUCAAUUCAUCAUGUCAAUUCAAGAACUUUAUGCACUGAAAAGUUUUGUUCCCUCUGAAAAGCAGUGUUGUAGGACUGGAAAUGAAUCACUUCUGUGAGAGUUCUAGUUGCAUUAGACAAGCCCAGUUCCGCUAUACAGAAUCGGAAUAGUCGAGCAUGCUGUCUCCUCCGACAGCUGUUUCUUAGGUUCUGCUGGACAGAUAUACGAUCAUGAAGGUUUUUGUGUGCUUGAAAUUUUUUUGUUUGUUAUGCUAAGAAUCCUAGUUAGCACUGAACGGCAGGAUUUGAUAUUACACAAUGUAUUUGAUUUAUCAGAUUCAGUGCCUGAAAACUAUCUGCUCAUGAAACAAAAUUAUGUAUGAUGGCUUCAUUGAAAAUAACCCUUAUCAUGAUGGGCACGAUUGAUUCUGCCAUUGCGACCAGUGUACACCUUGAUCAGCCUGCACAUCCAUGCAGUCUGAUCAAGAUCUGCACUGUUCACCAUUCAGUCAGUAUCUUUUUGGUAAGCACCCCUUUUAAAAGUUAAUGGUACUGUCCAAACUGAAAGAUGGACAAGUUCAUUAUAGAAAUACAGCAGGGUAAGAGUUAAAUCCAAAACACAAGAGACCAACAUUGUUUAAUCUUUAUUAGUAAAUCAAUGCGUAUAGUAUUAACAAUUGCUCAAUUUGUAACAUGUAACACAGAUAUGCCUUGUCAGUAUAGUGUCUGUAAAUUAAACAUACAAUUAAAACUUGACAGUACAGUGCUCCCUCUCUACAACACCCUUUGGGAGACGGAAAAUUUGGUUGUUGUUCGGAGGGAGUUGUUGUAGAGAGGUAAAAUACAGAACAAUUAAUUUAGCAUAUUUUGGAGUCAGUAGCAAGUGUUGUUGCAAGGAGGGAACUGUUGUUGUUCAGAGGGUCGCUGUAAAGAGAGUGCACUGUAUAUAUAAUUAUGUUUUAAUUCAUGCUUAUAAAAUAGAUGUACAUGUAAUGAUGUAACAUUUCACAGAAUAUAACUGAUUAAAAUCCAAAAUGAGCCAGUAUUUGUUUCAGUGAUAAGGAAAACAGACUUCUGAUUUGUAUACAUCUUUUUUGAAAGGCUAUCCGGAAGGAUAAAUUGCCAUUUGGAUGAUAAACCAUUUACAAGUUUACAUUAAAUUUUCAAUUGUGACAUUUAUAUACUAUUGUGGCUGUGAGUGUUACAGUAUUGUAAAAAGUAUUUUUUAUUUUUGUAUUGCGACAUAUAUUAUCAACAUCAUGUUAUAACAUUUUUCUUACAAUGAGGCAAAACCAAACUGAAAUUUUGAUUUGUAAUGGAAAGCUCUGACAGGUUAAUAUCAUUAAUUUUCUUUAAACUUUGUAUGCAGAACAGAUUUUUAGAUAAAAAAAUAAAAUAGCAAAAAAAACUA